UCAUUUAGGGGGUAAACUCAAAACCCCAUUAUAAAAAGUCAACCCAUUGAUUUUGAUGGAAACUCAGUUUUCAUCACAGAAGCCAGAUUUACUCGGUUUUUCUCUUAUUUUGGUUGGCUGCAAAUCUAAAUUACGUAGUCCAACUCCAUAGUCAAAAAACCGAAAUGUGUCGUGGACCGUGGUAAUAUUUGUGGGACCUACUGCUCGUCACUUCACUUUACUCUUCAAAAGAGAGGAAAGAGAGGAAAAAAGUGGGUUGACACUUAAAAUUAGAAACAGCCGUUACUUCUUCUUUGUUGCCCUAAUUUUUACUUUGAUUUUCCCUGGAAAUGCACCUUCACUUCCAAACACUUAUAUUCAUCUACAAUAUCUUAGCUCCGGUGGUAAAAAAAACUAAUUGUAGUGAUCAUUUCACCUUCCAAUCGAGUUUUUUCUUGGAGAUUCUGAUGUUGAAUUAGUGUUCUUGAGAGGAUUCAUGAAUUUGGUUCCAAUUCAAAGAAUGGAAAAUGGAUUAAAUUCAUUGUUUAAUGAUGUAAACUUACAGUUCAAUUGUUCUACUACACCAACUACAGCUGCUACUUCUCAAGAAAUACCACAACGAAGAACUGAAGCUGUUGAUGAUGGUAACAAAACCAGAGGAUUGAAUAAUUUUAUUGAUGAAAAAAUCGAAAAAGAACCUUUUUUUCGAACUCAGAGUAUGGAGUUUCGUCCAAGUGUUUAUGAUAAUUCGAAUGAUGGUUCAGAAGAUGAUGAUGAUGAUGAUGAUGAAGAUGAGGAUGAAGGGGAUGGUGAAAUUGAGGGUUUGGUAGUAGAGGAGGAGGAUGAUAAGAAGAAGAUGAAUAAUAAUAGUAGUGGUAGUGUAGAUAGUAGUUCAGAGAAGAUAUGUAAUGAGAGGAGUAAUUUACAAGAACACCAUUCCUUUUUUGGUAAUUUAGGGUUAAGUAAAGGAAUGUUGGUGAAAGAUCAUAUUCAGAGUGGGAAUAAUACUAGAGGAAGUUGUUCAAGUGAAGAACAACAUCAACAUCAAGGAAGGGUUGGCGGCGUAUACGAUAAUGCAAUUACGAUUGCGGUACCUGAUAAUUACUAUUCACAAUUUAUACAGGGAACAGAAGGUGGGAAUAUGGUUCAUAAGGUUACAGAAGGAGGAGAAAAUGGUUGUGGGUUUAGUGGUAGAAAUGAUGUUUCUAUGUCAAAAGAAUCAGGGGAGUCUUUAAGGGUGAUUCUUUCGGAUCCUUUGAUUGGAACCCUGAUGGAUGAUGCGGUGAUAUUGCCUUGUGGACACUCAUUUGGAAGCGGUGGCAUGCAGCAUGUUAUUAGAACGAAAUCUUGCUACACUUGUUCACAAUCAGUUUCUGAAGAAUCUGUGGCACAAAACCUGUCUCUCCGUUCUGCAGUCCAGGCAUUUCGCCGGGAAGAAGAGUUGCAAUCUCAACGGGCAUCCAAAAGAAGAAGAGAAAGAUUUGAACAGAACAAGUGUAAUAACCAUGAUCCAUUUUCCAUGGAAAGAAUGGACAAUUCAAGGGGUAAAGGUGUUCAGUUUCCUUUUGCUGUCACUGACCGGGUUGUGAUCAAGGGGAACAAGAGAGUCCCAUUACGCUUUGUUGGACGCGAAGCUGUUGUAACAACUCAAUGCUUGAACGGAUGGUACGUGGUGAAGACUGUGGACAACGCGGAGAGUGUCAAGUUGCAAUAUCGUUCGUUAGCUAGGGUAUCUGAUAACCCGUCCUCACACAUACUAUCAAUUAAAGCUGCUCCAAGUUGGCUCUAGACUCGUGGUUCUUUAAAAAAUUGAAUGUGAGGUAUGUGCACAAUUCAGGCAGUGUCGAGUUGCAGUAUGAUUCCUUAGCUCUGGCUUGUCGUAAUCCCAUCUGCAAGCAUAGUAUCAAGUAGAGCUACUCCAAGCUGGCUCAUGAUGGAACUCUCUACAAAUCUCGAAUUUUGAGAGCAUGAAAAUUUGAUUUCAUCAGAAGUAUUUCUCCACUUACUAGCAAAGUCUGUAGUGUUAGGGUUGCAUAUAUUGUACGAAACUCCAAUUGGAUCUUAAUAUAAGAUAUAUUUGUUCGAGAGUCCAAAAUUGAGUAUGUUGUAGUCAGUGUAAUCUAUGGAGCUCGAGGAUAUAUGAUGUAUUAUUGCUUAUCUAUUAUAGUUUGGUCUACUGCUGCUGCUCUCAGCUGUGCUGAUAUUUUGUCUGUAAGAUUCAACUUUUCUUUGCCCAUUAAUGCGAUAUUAUGGAUUUACCUGU